ACUGCGACCCACAAACAAAUGUAGAACAAGAAAACAUAAACAAAAACAGAGUUCGGGAAGAUGGAAGAAGUGUGCCGCAUUUGCACCAGCAGCAGCGUCACCCUCGUGGACAUCUUCAGCCAACGGAGCCCAUCAGAGGAAGAGCCCUGCUUGGCCGACAUGCUGAACGAAUGCGCCAAUUGCCACAUUCGCCGCGAUGAUCCGCUUCCCCAACAGAUUUGCCUCUCCUGCAUUCUCGCCGCCCAAAAUGCAUUUCGCUUCAAGCGGCGAUGCGAGCAGAGCCACCAGCACUUUUGCCGUCUGUUAACAGAAUGUGGUGUCAAAGUGGAACAGGCGCUGGAAGCGGCGAACCAAAGACCUAACAGCGGCUUGACAGAACGCAUCAAGAUCGAGCGCCAGGAGAGGGAUGAGCAAGAGGCAGAGGAGAGCAGUUUGCACGAAAUUCAAAUCAAUCGAAAUUCCAAUGCAGAGAAAUGUCCGCACUGUGCCAAGGCUUUGGCCAAUCGUGGCAGUCUCAAGCGACACAUACUCAUCCAUUCGGGCGAACGGCCCUACAAAUGCCAGCACUGCCCGAAGGCCUUCAAUCAGAGCUCCAAUCUCAUCAAGCACAUGCGUGUUCAUUCCGGCGAACGGCCUUUCCAGUGCGUGCAUUGCCGGAAGGCAUUCACCCAGAGCAAUCAUCUGGCCAAUCACAUGCGCGUUCAUCCAGUGGAAGUGCGGCAACAGAUGCCCGCUCAUUCCAAUGAAUGUUCAUUUGAGUCGAGCCGCACUCAUUCCAGCGAGGGUGCAUUCCAGUGCUCGCACUGUCCAAAGCGAUUCGUUAGUCGUGGAAAUCUGGAAAGACAUAAGCGGGUUCAUUCCGGCGAUCGUCCGUACAAAUGCUCGCACUGCCCAAAGACAUUCACGCAGAGCGUGAACCUGGAAAGGCACAAGCGCGUUCAUUCGGGAAUUCGACCGUUCCAGUGUCUCCAUUGUCCGAUGGCAUUCACACAGAGCAGCCAUCUGGUGAAUCACGUUCGCAUUCAUUCGGGCGAGCGGCCCUUCAAGUGCCAUCAUUGCUUUAAGUGUUUCACACGGCGCCAAUAUCUCGAGAAGCACAGUUGUAGUCACUCGACGGUUAUUAAGUGAAAUGAAAGCAUAAAUAAAAAUAAA